AAAAAGCGUUCUUAUUUUACACUGGGACGACGGAUCCUUCUUUCUUGCCCUUUAUUAUUAUUAUUAUUAUUAUUAUUAUUAUUAUUAUUCGUUAAUUAUUAAUUCAACAAACACGGCACCAUUAAUUAAUUUCUCUCAGUCUAUGUAGCUCACUCCACCAUUAAGAGGAAGAAGAUCACACUUCUUAAUUCUCUCGUUUGAUAACCAUGAUUCUUCGUUAAACAAAUACUCACUACUUGUUUUAAUUUCCUAGAGCUACUUCAGUUUCAUUCUUCUUUCCUCUGCGAAUCGGAGGACGAGUUCAGUUGAGUUGACUCGCUGAGCUGCGACUACUUGACUCGUUCCAACCUCGUCUUCUUUUCUUCUUCUUCUUCUUCUUCUUCUUCUUCUUCUUCUUCUUCUUCUUCUUCCUCGAAGUGAACGAUUUCGGUGAAACGCUGUCGUUUUAGGUGUUGCUUGAUCUCGAUUUUAUUUUAUUUUAUUUUUCUGUUUUGGGAGUACUACAGUCCUUCGGUGUAAUCAUGAGCAAGGUGCAUCUUCUCGAAAUCGAACCCAAGGAACUCAAGUUCAUAUUUGAAUUGAAGAAGCAAAGUUCAUGCUCGGUUCAGUUGACUAAUAUCACCAACCACUGUGUUGCUUUCAAGGUGAAGACAACUUCCCCUAAGAAAUAUUCAGUGCGGCCUAAUGUUGGCGUUCUUUCACCUAAAGCUACUUGUGAAUUCAUUGUUACAAUGCAAGCUCAACGGUCAGCACCUUUAGAUAUGGAGUGCAGGGACAAGUUCUUAAUCCAAAGCACAAUGGUUUCUUCUGAAACAACUAGUGAUGAUGUUACUUCCAGCUUGUUUGUCAAAGAUGGAAGCAGAUACAUUGAAGAAAAUAAACUGAAAGUAUCCCUGACCAGCAAACCCAAUUCACCAGAAUUCUUUCCUAUUACUGGAGACUUCAAGAAUGGGCUUGAUCAUGAAAAGUUUCAGAAACAUACUACCGAUGAAAUCCAAUCCCCAGAACCCAUGGCUCUUAAGAAUCCAGAUCAUCACAUUUUCAAAGAGUUACUAAAGCUUGAAGAGGAUCAGGAUUUUAAGCCAACACAGCAUAUAGAGGUGAAAACUAUGAAGGAUGUAGAGAUGCCAGAAGAAUCAGCAGUAUUAAAAGUGUCAAAAGAUGAGAAGCUGAACAUUGUCAAGGAUGUAGAGGGAAUGAAGCCAGAGAAAGCAGAAUUAAAGGUGUCAAAAGCUCUGGAUUUAAACAAAAUAAACAAUAUAGAGGAACCAAAGCUAGAAAAGGAAGCACGGUUAUUGUCAAAGGAUCAGGAGUUGAAAUCUGUAAUGGAUGUAGAGGAACUGAAGCCAGAAAAAGAAUCCGAGCUAAAACUGUCAAAAGAUUUGGAGUUGGAAACAGUAAAGAAUGUAAAGGAAUUGAAGCCAGAAAAAGAAUCAGAGUUAAAAGUUGUGAAGGGAAUAGAGGAGCUGAAAUUAGUGAAAGCUAUUGAAGAGAUGAAGCUAAAACUAGAUGGACUUGAGUCAAAACUAAAUGAGGUGAGGCAUUCUACCAUUAUAUAA